AUGUCUCCCAAAAACAUGUUAGUGUUACUGCUACCAUUUCUUGUGGUUGCAAGCUCCCUUGCCAUUCUCCCAACCUCUUCACCAUCAAAAAAUGAUGGUACACAUAAUCCCAAACCACCACAUCGUAAUAAACCACCACCACAUAUCGAAAACGGCCAUCUCAAACCACCACAUCAUGGUAAACCACCACCGCACAUGGAAGAUGCAUUAUAUCACGAUAAACCACCAAAUCAUUUUGGUGAUAAACCACAACACAUCGAAGAUGGAUCGUAUGACGGUAAACCACCACAUCAUGGUGGUAAACCACCAUCUUUGAAAACCACAAAGGAUUUGCCCCCGAAGGAGCAACAAGGCACAGGUAAUCAACAUCCCAGGCCUGGACACGGUGGUCAUAAGGUGGAAUCAACCAACUUUCGACCAAUUGAUCCACCAGGUUCCGAUUGA